GUCCGUUCUCUAUCCUUCGACAGUUCACACGCACCACCUUGAUUUUUAAAAAUUGUUUUUUGAUAGCAAUUGAAAGUUAAUAGAUUUUGCAAGUGUUAAAAAAGCACAAAAAAACAAACAUUUUUGGAGGUUGUUGGCGCCAAUUCCCCUAUAAAACACGGGAUUUUCUUAUGGAUUAAAACUACUUCAAUCAAAAAAUUCAGACGGCGGGAAUAUCAGAAAGAAAAGUGGGGCACCAAUUUCUAGCGUUAUACGGUGGCAAGAAAGCUGUCAAUUGUCUCUUUACACUCGACUGAAUCCUAUCAACACCAUGAGAACCCGCGAUGCCGACCUCCGAGAUACGCUGUUUCCGCCCACCAAUCAAAUGGAAAGCCAAAAAGUGGGUGGCAAAAGCGAAACAUACUGUUCCAGCUAUGAGCAUUGUGGAUCAAAGAUUCAAGAGUGUCCUGAAGAUGCCGAAGACAUGCUGCCACACAAAGAAAUGGGUCAACUUUCGUUCGAAGAAAAGAAAUUCCUUCUCGCCGUCGAGCGGGGAGAUGUGGCCACUGUCAGAAGGAUGCUGCAAAGGGCGCGAGAUACAAAUUACAUCGACGUCAACUGCGUGGAUCCUCUGGGACGUUCUGGGCUCUUAAUGGCCAUUGACAAUGAAAAUCUGGAAAUGGUUGAACUUUUGAUUGAAUAUCGAGUCGAGACGAAGGACGCUUUACUGCAUGCCAUUUCCGAGGAGUACGUUGAGGCCGUUGAAGUGUUGCUCGACCAUGAAGAGACACUACACAAAGAAGGCGAACCUCACAGUUGGGAGGCUUUGCAACCGGAUACGGCAACUUUCACCCCCGACAUUACACCGUUGAUCCUUGCGGCCCAUAGAGACAACUACGAGAUCAUCAAGAUUCUAUUGGAUCGGGGAGCCAAACUUCCAGCGCCACACGAUGUUAGAUGCGGGUGUAUCGAUUGCGUGACAUCAAGGCAAGAAGACAGUCUACGUCACAGCCGAUCCCGGAUAAAUGCCUACCGAGCUCUGGCUAGUCCGUCACUCAUCUCUUUAUCGAGUAAAGAUCCUAUCCUGACAGCUUUUGAAUUAAGUUGGGAAUUGCGCAGACUCAGCUUCAUGGAACACGAGUUCAAAAGCGAAUAUCAGGAAUUGAGGAAACAAUGCCAAGAUUUUGCUACUGCCUUGCUUGAUCAUACACGUAGCUCGUACGAGCUGGAAGUCAUGUUGAAUCAUGACCCCAAAGGUCCCGCUUUCGAACACGGAGAUCGGAUGAGUCUCAACCGGCUGAAAUUGGCCAUAAAAUACCGUCAAAAAAAGUUCGUGGCACAUCCAAACGUGCAACAACUCCUAGCUUCCAUAUGGUACGAAGGCCUGCCAGGCUUCCGACGCAAAAACAUGAUACUGCAGAGUUUAGAAGUCAUUCGAAUAGGAGUGCUCUUUCCACUUUUCUCCAUCCUCUAUAUUUUAUUUCCGCAUUCGCGUGCGGGGAAAACGUUACGCAAGCCGUUCAUCAAGUUCAUAUGCCACUCUGCUUCGUAUUUCACCUUUUUGUUCUUGCUGAUUCUCGCAUCUCAACGAAUUGAAACGGUAUUCAAAAACUGGGUCGGGCGACUUCCUGGCGUUCUUGAAAAAUGGAUUUCUGAUGACGUCACUACCAAACGAGGAGCUCCCCCAACAAUGAUUGAAUGGCUCAUCUUAGCCUGGGUUUGCGGUUUAGUUUGGAGCGAAAUCAAGCAGCUGUGGGAUGUCGGUUUACAGGAAUAUGUAGGAGAUAUGUGGAACGUCAUCGACUUUGUUACUAACGCUCUCUACGUAGCGACUGUCGCCUUACGCAUCGUUGCGUUCUUUCAAGUCCAAAAGGAAAUGGAAAACGCGAAUUCAGCCUCUUUGCCUCGAGAAGAAUGGGACACUUGGGAUCCAAUGCUGAUAUCAGAAGGCCUGUUUUCCGCAGCUAACAUAUUCAGUUCUUUGAAGCUGGUCUACAUCUUUUCCGUCAACCCUUAUUUGGGUCCGCUGCAAGUUUCCCUCAGCAGGAUGGUAAUGGAUAUUAUGAAAUUCUUCUUCCUCUACGUCUUGGUUCUUUUCGCUUUUUCCUGCGGCUUGAAUCAGCUCCUUUGGUAUUACGCUGACCUAGAAAAGCAAGCCUGUGACGCACCUAGGCACGGCAAAUCGGAUCCGGACGCUUGUAUUGUGUGGAGGCGAUUUUCAAACUUGUUCGAAACAUCACAGACUCUGUUCUGGGCUGCUUUCGGCUUAAUUGAUCUCGACAAUUUCGAGUUGGUUGGCAUAAAAAGCUUCACACGUUUCUGGGGCCUGCUAAUGUUUGGCUGUUAUUCGGUCAUCAACAUUGUGGUUCUACUCAAUCUCCUCAUCGCCAUGAUGAAUCACUCUUAUCAACUGAUUUCCGAACGGGCUGACACGGAAUGGAAAUUCGCUAGAAGCAAAUUGUGGAUUAGCUAUUUCGAAGAAGGAGGAACGGUUCCACCGCCUUUCAACAUUAUUCCGACACCGAAAAGCGUGUGGUAUGUCAUCAAGUGGGCAUACUGCCAGUGCGUUGGGAAAUCUUCUCCACAUAAGAAAGAGCACAUGAAGACCAUUCGGAAUAUCAUGCGGAACUUGGUGCGCCGCUACGUAACAGUUGAACAACGCAAAUCAGACAACCAGGGGGUAACAGAAGACGACGUCAACGAGAUAAAACAGGACAUUUCCGCGUUCCGCUGCGAGCUGAUUGAAGUGCUCAAAAACUCGGGCAUGAACACAUCAACAGCGACGGGUGUUGGGCAAGGCGGAAAGAAGAAUCGGCAAAAAGAGCGGCGGUUGAUGAAGGGGUUCAACUUGGCAAACGUCGGUGGCAGCGCCGGUCAACCAGGACUGACGUCUAGUACGCCUUCCUUAGCCGGAUCCAGCACGGCCCCAGCUUUGGUCAACGCCUCUUCCCGAACGAGCAUGCAGACACUGAACGAGACAAACGCCUUAGCUACCAUCGUCGCCACCGGUCAAUCGAACCACAGAGGCAAUCCUCUGCUGCGAUCGCCCAUCACCAAGUUGGCGCAGUUGGCGCGUUUGGCUGGAGCGAAAAAAGCCGAUUCCAAGAAAAAAUGGGGCAAUUUGAUCGAAGCUGCCAAAUCAGCUAAAGGAGUCGGUCGAAUGUGGGCCAGGAGUCGCAGUCGCAGCGAGGAUUCUGUUUCGAGUGACGGCAGUGGAGGGACCGCGGCUCAGACACCUGUCAAUACCGAAGGUUUCAAUCGCCGUGAAAAAUUCCUGAGAUCACGAACCGGUCAUCCAGUCGUGCACGUGACCGAAAAUGAGCUACCUGAAGUUUUGGAAGAAAGCUGUAUCGACUAUGAACUCAGUGGUCGUAUGGGCAUUGAGACGGUAAAUGGCAGUCACAGUCCCACUUUCAGCAAUCCUCAUUUCCGACGAGCGUGCAGCGAACCAGCCGAUCAAAUAACUCUGAUUUUAGAGGCAGAAUCUCCGAAUGUUGACAACAAAAGUGCACAGGGUUGCCACUUUGCUGCUUAUUCAUCAGCAGGGGAUUCGGCGAACGCGGUCGAACCGUUGCGUUCUAAAAUCGACGUCGAGCAGCCAACCAGCGGUGUUAGUUUGCGUUUUCGAAAAGGUGCCGACCUGACGUCCCCGAUUUCGUUUAAAGCUUCAGUGACAUCAAGAGAUUGGAUGGCCGGUCAUAAUUUACCUGACAACCUUACCCUUCCCUUUGUGGAUGAUUCAACUGAUACUAUUACGUCGAGUGGUAGUCCCAUGGAAACGGUUCUCAAAUCUGUAAAUGGGCUUUCGUCUGGCGUUCACGACGGUGUGGCUUGUGAUGAUCCAAUUUGUAGUGCCCAGUCUUUAGAAAGUAGUGCCGGAGGUGGGUGGCUAUGAAAACAGCUAUAGAUGCUCAUAUUAAAAGAAUUUUUUUAAGUGCACCAACAUUUGUGCUAUUUUUAUUUAUUUUUGUUUUUUCCUGCUCUAUUUAGAGGAGAUUUCACCGUCAUCAUUUGUAAAGUGAAACUUAAUAACGACAAAAAAGUGCUAGUUGAUCUAAUGUUGUUUCAGUAUUUCUCACGUGUAUGAUGGGCUUCUUCACAUCAAAAUCGCCACACUGCAGUCAAAACAUUGCAUCCUAUUGAUAAAACAUAGAAAGUAAAGGAGUGAAGAAGCAAACAACCUCUUAAAAUGUAGAUUUCUUUCUUCAAUUUUUAAUAGAUACAGUAUAUAUUCAACUAUUGGCGGCUAUGUAGAAAUCAUUAUCCUUGCAUUAUUUUGUCCAUAUUCAGUAUUAGGAGUCACUGAAAGCAAACAAAAUACACUUUAUUUCGGUGGCUACAUUAUCGUAGCCGUUUUGAUGCAACAA